UAAAACACAAAUGGCGUUGGUCGAGAAUCGAAAUUGAUAGAAUUAACAACAAAUCUUUAAAAACAUAUUAACACGUGCUUUUUAAUUUUAAUUAAUAUAUAAUUUGCAUUUAAAAUGAUUUCAAAUCAAAUGGAAGUGGAUGAAGAUUAUGAAACAAAAGCGAAAACUUUUCAUGAAUUAGAAUUAGAUGAUAGAAUUUUAAAGGCUAUUGCAAAAUUAGGUUGGUUAGAACCAACAUUAAUACAAGAAAAAACGAUACCGUUAAUGAUUGAAGGAAAAGAUAUUUUAAUUCGAGCUCGUACAGGAUCUGGAAAAACAGCUGCGUUUACUAUACCACUUAUUCAAAAAAUAUUAUCAAAUAAACAAACACGAAAACAACAAGAAAUUAAAGGUCUUAUUAUAGCUCCAAGCAAAGAAUUAUGUAAACAAAUACAUGACGUUAUAAUCAGUCUAACAAUAAAAUGUAGCAGAGAAGUAAAAGCUAUUGAUGUCAGUCCUCAAAUAGAUCUUGGUGCACAGAAACCACUAUUAGCAGAAAAACCUGAUAUAGUUAUAAGCACUCCAAGUAAAUUAUUACAACAUUUAAAAGCAAAAAAUAUGAAAUUAAAGCAAUCACUUGAAACAUUAAUAAUUGAUGAAGCUGAUUUGAUAUUUUCAUUUGGAUAUGAAAAUGAAAUAAAAGAUAUACUGAAUUAUUUACCAAUAUUAUACCAAGCAGUUUUAGCCUCUGCAACAUUAUCUGAAGAUGUGAUAACACUUAAAAAAUUGGUACUUCGUCAUCCUGUGAUCUUAAAAUUGGAGGAACCUCCAUUGGCUCCACUUUCACAAUUAUCGCAUUAUAGUCUUGCAGCAGAGGAAAAUGAUAAAGCUGCUAUUUUAUGUGCUUUGUUAAAAUUACGUUUAAUUAGGGGAAAAACUAUUAUAUUUGUAAAUACUGUAGAUAGAUGUUAUAAAUUAAAAUUGUUUUUAGAACAAUUUGGAAUAGCAACUUGUGUAUUAAAUUCUGAAUUACCAGCAGUUUCACGAUGUAGAGCAGUUACUCAAUUUAAUUCUGGAACAUAUGAUAUUAUAAUAGCAUCAGAUGAAAAAUCUUUAGAAGAACCACAUAUAGCAAAAAUUAAAAAAGGAAAGCGAAAAAAAGACAAAGAAUUUGGUGUAGCCCGGGGGAUUGACUUUCAAUUUGUAUCUAAUGUAUUAAAUUUUGACUUUCCUCUAGAUAUAAAUUCUUAUAUUCAUAGAGCUGGACGUACUGCUCGAGGUAAAAAUGACGGAACAGUGUUGAGUCUUGUAUCAAUAAGAGAAAGACCAAUUCUUGAAGAUGUUGAAGUUGAAUUAAAACAAUGUUAUAAUUGCGAUAAAUUAUUAAAGACAUAUGAAUUUAAAUUAGAAGAAGUCGAAGGUUUUCGAUAUCGAGCAAAAGAUGCUUGGAAAGCAGUAACUCGAAUUGCUGUUCGUGAAGCUCGUUUAAAAGAAAUAAAACAAGAAGUACUCAAUUGUCAAAAAUUAAAAAGUUACUUUGAAGAUAAUCCAAGAGAUUUGCAAUCAUUGAGACAAGAUAAAGCAUUACAUACUGUAAAAUUACAAUCACAUUUAAAAGAUGUACCAGAUUAUAUAAUUCCACCAACUUUAAAAAGACUUGUUAAUACUGGCAAAAAAAAGAAAAAGUUUAAUAGGGAAACUGCAGCAUCUAAACCUACUGCUACACAAUCAAAAUAUCGAGCUCGUGCAUCAAAUCCUUUAAUGAGUUUACAGUUACAAAACUUGAAAAAAUGAAUAUUUUGUAUUAAUAAUAAAAUAUUUUUUUUAAACUCA